AUGACGGUGCAUCUACAGAGCAGCAACAAUAAGAAUGAUACUAGUAGUAAUAGUAGUAUUAUUAGUAGUGCGAACCAUAAUAGUAGUAACAACAACAACAGCAGUAACUACUACAGAAAUGAUAUGCAACGCCACCCUCCUCCUCUUACACUUCAAUGUAUGCGAUGUCAACAACGUAUAAUUUGUUGUCCUGGAUGUGGGACGGCGAAUUUGAUCAUUCUUGACAGCCAUGUAUCUCACGAUAGUUGUUUUCCCACUACGAGUACUCAUAAUAGUGUUUCUAAUGUUGUUAUGUUUGGUGAUCGUAAUAGUGGGAGUGUCUCUCUCCCCUGCGGUGGGCAGCCUGCUACCGCUGUUGAUGAGAGAAGAGUGCAGAUGUCUUCACAUGCAUCGCCGACGGCGUUUGAAAUGUUCUGCCGCGACGCAGAGGCUCAACGUUGUCUUUCAGAGAAGAGCGAAACUGAAGAAGAGCGCUGCAGCAGAAGGCGUCUGCUUGCCGAGAUGUGGCUCUCCGCAGAUACGGCCACACGAGAACACUUUGAAAUGGCCGCUGCGGCAAUCACUACUGCUGUUGAAAGUCAUUCUAUCCAUCCUUCUCAUACUGCAAGGCCCUCCCGUACAGGAGAUCGCAGAUGUGUAAAGACGGCGAAGAGACAACAAGUGACCUCACCUGCUACUGUGGAUGCGGCUGAAAAAACAUCGUCCAUAUCGUCUAAAGUGCUGAACAUUACGGUGAACACUGGAAUUACAUUAACGUGGACUCGUAGGCGUCCACCAACGGCGUACAGUCUCUUUUGUAAACACCAGUGUGGAAGCUAUAAGACUAGCGAAGCCCUGAUGUGUGCAUGGAAGAUGAUGAGUCUGGAGGAGAAGAAACCAUAUGAUGAUGGAGCAGCUGCCAUUCGAGUAGCAUUACAGAACUGA